CGCUGAUUGGUGGAAAGGUGGAAUUCGAGGUGGGAUUUAUUUUUUUGCAGCGUUGCUAAUUUUCAUUGAAAAAUAAUUGCUUUCCACGUGUUAGAGAAAGAUACAAAAUAACACAAGGUUUAAUAAGUAGUGGGGAGAGAUGCGGUUCCUGGCAUGUAGUCAACCGAUAUUAUUGUUUAUUGUUCUGUCUAUCUGUGUUAAUAGGUCAUUGCGCCUAGCCCGUAAUAAACUUCACUUUCUCACCUGCUUGCCACAGGCUGCGCGCGCCGAUUCAGGUAUUACGAGAUAUGUCAAUUGUUCAACCUUCAUAAUCACUGACAACAAUAGAGUGUCAAACGUAAAUAACAAAAUUUUCGUGCAAAAAAUAAUCAUUAGAGAUGGCCGAAGAUGAUACAAACCCAGACUUGGCUGCCACCGACGAUGAACUAGAACCAGAACAACAGCGGCCAGCCCAAAAAAAAAGGCAGAGAAGGCAACAAUCAGCUCAAAAACGACAGGCCCGUACACGUCCACUAUCUCCAAAAGAAAAAUGUCAUUCUAGAAUCGACGAACUUGCAACUCCUAGUCGAAGACUGAUUCUUGCGUUGUACCAAGAACAUGCUGCUCACCUGCCAAAGGACAAAGUGGAAAAAGUUAAGGAAAUGCUUCAAGAAUUAUACGCAAUGACGCCGGAUGAAACUGAAAAAUACUUCGAGCAUUUGAGAAAUAAAGCACAAGAAGUGGAACAGAGAAAAGAUAUUAAGUAUAUGUUGAAAAAACUAGUCAAGAGGAGGAAAAAGGCAAAACAAAUCGCCGAGGCGUAUAAAUUUAUUCGAAAAUUACUAAUUGAAGGCAUUGAGUAUGCUUCAAAACAUCCCAUACCUCCUCUAGUCUCGGUGAGACUGAGAAACUUAUCAAACAUAAUACUUGAACAAAUUUGUGACUUAAGAAAUACCAACAUACCUAACAGGGAGGAUCCUACACAAGCUGGUUUGUUUUUUAUACAAGUAGCUGAUUGGAUGGCAAUAUCUAUUGAACAUUUAUACUAUGGUGUGCAAUUGAAGAAGAAUAGAGAAUUGGAAAAAAUAGAAAACGAAGCUAAAGCGAGAGAGAAGGAAAAAGCGAAAAGCGAUGAAAUUGAGAAAGAAAAAAUAAUAUCUGAGGCUGACAAUGAAGGAGCUGAUGUUGUCAUAUCAGAGCCAGUAACUGUUUCGGAGAUAGAAUAGGAUAUUGUUUGUUGAUAUAUUUUUUUUUGAUAUACUUAGGUAUUUCUUUAUUAAAGUAAAAUUACAUGUGGUGCUGUCGGCAAAACCCAUUCAUCUUAGAUUGUAUCGUUAUUGACAAGAUAAAAACUAGUACUUUUUACAGAUAGGUACCUACGCACGCAUAAAAGAACUUCACUAAAACAAAAUGAAAACAAACGCGUUUCUGUUAUUUUAGUAUCGCUAGUAUUUCCAAUGUCACUUCCUUCUGUACGGCCUUCACUGAGUAAUUGUAAUUGUUCUUAAUCUCGACGCAGCUCUUUGAUUUCUUAUCGGAAAAACAAUAACAAUCAAGUUGUUGCUGUUACAUUUUUUUACAUUCACAAUUAACAUAAUAAUGAUAUUAUUUGUUACGUUUAAUAGAAAAGAAGCCAUUGAUUUUUCUCGUUCACAUCAUGCCACUUUUUUCUUUACUCUUGAAUAAGUAAAGGUAUGUAUAGGUUAUUAUGUAUAAG